AUGGCCCGCACCAAGCAGACCGCCCGCAAGUCCACGGGAGGGAAAGCCCCUCGCAAGCAGCUGGCCACCAAGGCCGCCCGCAAGUCCGCCCCUGCGUCGGGAGGCGUCAAGAAGCCCCACCGCUACCGCCCCGGCACGGUGGCCCUUCGGGAGAUCCGUCGCUACCAGAAGUCCACGGAGCUGCUCAUCCGCAAGCUGCCCUUCCAGCGCCUCGUCAGGGAGAUCGCGCAGGACUUCAAGACGGACCUGCGGUUCCAGAGCGCGGCCAUCGGGGCGCUGCAGGAGGCCUCCGAGGCUUACCUGGUGGGCCUGUUCGAGGACACCAACCUGUGCGCCAUCCACGCCAAGAGGGUCACCAUCAUGCCCAAGGACAUCCAGCUGGCCAGACGCAUUCGCGGAGAAAGGUCCCUGCUGGACAGUUGCAAUCCCUGUUUCAAAAUCACCGAGCAGCACUGGGUCUCACACUGUUUGUUGUCAUUGCCCUCGAGAGAAUCUGUAGAGGACAGUGUAAAUCGCAUAUUAGUAUCAGCGUCUUUCAUCUUGUUCCUGCCUUUGAUUUCCACACAAAGGAAAUUCAAGAAACCAGCUUCGCAACAUGAAAGACAGGAAAAAGAAGACAACAAAAAAGGGGACAAAGUAAUUUUAAAGAUGGCCCGCACCAAGCAGACCGCGCGCAAGUCCACGGGAGGGAAAGCCCCUCGCAAGCAGCUGGCCACCAAGGCCGCCCGCAAGUCCGCCCCUGCGUCGGGAGGCGUCAAGAAGCCCCACCGCUACCGCCCCGGCACGGUGGCCCUUCGGGAGAUCCGUCGCUACCAGAAGUCCACGGAGCUGCUCAUCCGCAAGCUGCCCUUCCAGCGCCUCGUCAGGGAGAUCGCGCAGGACUUCAAGACGGACCUGCGGUUCCAGAGCGCGGCCAUCGGGGCGCUGCAGGAGGCCUCCGAGGCUUACCUGGUGGGCCUGUUCGAGGACACCAACCUGUGCGCCAUCCACGCCAAGAGGGUCACCAUCAUGCCCAAGGACAUCCAGCUGGCCAGACGCAUUCGCGGAGAACGAGCCUAG